AUGCCUCCUCGUGGCGUCAUCCUACCGAAGUGGGUGGCAACUGAAUUUGCGCAUUUUUGUUGCAGAUAUUUGAUAUCUGGCUAUCAUGACACACUCAUCCUGACAAACCUGGGUGCUUUGACCUGGGAAGCUUGCCUGCCCUUGGCCUUCCUGUACUCAGACCAAGACACUAGCAAGAGGGCAGGGCUUGUGUUUCUGUCCGCAGUGGGAAACUUCUAUGCAGCCGCCACGACACGCUUCAACGACUCUGGCUUUACAAGCGGGCUCAGCUUCCUACUGCCACCCUUUUUUUGCUAUAACUUCCUCUUAAUCUAUGUGCUGGGCCCUCCGACCAUGAUUCUUGGAGGCGUCAUCUGUGGCCGAGCCAUUGUUCUCACACAAGGUCUUGGACCGGCGGUCAUUGGGGGGACAGGAUUGGUGGUGGUUGGAUGGUUCUUCCGUGAUGUCCACGAGUGGAUGCCCUUCCUUGGAUGGAUGGGAGGAGCUGGCAGUUCUGAGGGCUUUGACUCCUCCUUCUUGCGGGCAGGACUCUAUCCUGCUACCUUCGCCGUGGCCUUUGUUUUGGCUGAGUUGACUGCGAGCCUUUUCAGUCAUUGGCUCCUUCAGAGCUGUGGCAUUGCUUGCGUCAUCAUGGUGUUCGCUUACCAGGCGAAGGUCCGCUUGGUUUGCUUCCCCUAG